UAUCAUGUCACACUCGGACCACCGAGUGAAGAUAGCAAACAAGAAACUUCGCCAUUUUAUUUUUACUGCGAUACAACCACCAUGUUCACCGAGGAAAAGAUAGACGAAAAACUCAGCCGACUGCCGUUCGUUAAUUAUAUCAAACAAAGAUUUAACCUGGGUGAAUACAACCCCGAAGACAAACGUCGUGCAAUAGUCCAGAAAUCUGGACAUUACAGAGUCAAAUACACUGGACUGAGAGAGUACCGCGCGAAAUUUAUCCAAGACCUCUACAUAACUCUUAUAGACCUAAAAUGGCGAUAUGCUCUUGCGGUACUGUUCAAUGUCCACCUUUUAUGCUACGUAUUUUUCGCCAUCAUGUGGUACUGGAUGAUGUUCAACCACGGAGACCUCGACCACAUCAACGACACGAAGUGGGAAUCAUGUAUAGCCGGCGUCAACAGUUUUGCCGAUGCCGUGUUGUUUUCCAUAGAAACUCAGACGACGAUCGGGUACGGAUUCGCCUAUCCCAACACUGACUGCGGCGGAGCCCUUCCUUUGCUUUUUGUACAGAUCACAGUUGGCAUAUUUCUGGAGAAUGUUUUGCUUGGCUUUAUUUUUGUCAAGUUUGCUCAGCCAAAACGUCGGAGGAAGACUAUUAUGUUCAGCAAAGUGGCCUGUGUCGCGCAGGAGGAGGGCGAUCUCUGUUUACAGAUUCGAGUAGGCGAUAUGCGACAAAGCCAUCUUAUCGAUGCUAAAGUUCAUGGAGUUCUCAUCAAAAGACACGUGACGCGGGAAGGUGUGGCAUAUCCCCUGUAUCAGCAUGACGUCCAUUUCCAGGCCAACAAAAUGGGGGACACCAUAAUGCUUAUGUGGCCUCUUAUUCUCAAUCACAGAAUAACUAAAGAGAGCCCUUUCUGGGAUAUAAAACCCUCCGACUUUUCAUCAGAAGAAUAUGAACUCGUGGUCUGUAUAGAAGGAACGCUAGAAACAACGGGUGAGUUCUGCCAGGCUAGAACGUCAUACCUACCUUCGGAAAUUCUCUGGGGUCAUCGAUUUGAUCGCAUUGAGGAAUUUGACUCGGGAAAUGGAAGGUGGGAAAUCGACUUUUCUGGAUUUAACGAUGUUGUAUACAUUACUAACAUCAGGCACAGCGCCAAGGAACUAAACCCAUACAGAGAAUACAGAAUAUCCAAAGAAGAAAGCGAGAAAACCAAGGAAAAGAGCAUGUCCAUAAGUCUCCACUCCGUGGCCUACGACGUACCAUCGGAGUACCCCGACGCCUCCAAUUCCACUGAAUAUCAAAAGACCGGGAGCCCGAAGCUUCUGACACGAGGGCUUAGCCAAAUGGACGAGUUGGAACGAAGCAGGCUUUCUUUAGAAAUGGAGGCGGAGAAUCGGGAAAAAGAAAUAUCCGAGGGGCACAGCACAGGGACAAUGGAGAUGCAAAAACUGGAGGACAAAGAGGAGGAACGCAUAGACCAUGAUCAGAAAUUGGAGGGUAUUGACAAAGAAGAUGAACCAAUAGACCAUGAUUUAGGUGACGGGGAACCACCAGUGGACAUUCAGCCCGAGUCCGACAUUUCUGAUGACGACACGAUAGGACAAGAGGGCGGAGAAGAGGAGGAUCACUUCCAAGACGUGGCCUCAUCAUGAUUCCAGAAGACCCCCCCCCCCCCGUUUGAAAGUCUUACUCCACUUUCCUCGCCACCUCUGACAGGAACUUGCCUAAUGGGACGUCGAGUAUAUGAGAUUAAUUGAAACAAAAAAUAUACAAUGAUGAUUUGCAUGUUGAUAUAUAAGUACCGGCAUAUCAAAAUAAGUGUCGGACAUAUUCUUCAUCCAUCAUGUAUACUACAAAUAUUACCGUGUCUUAUAAUUAAUGUACAUGUAAUUGAAAAUAAAGAAAACUAUUCAAA